CACGCUGGAUGAGAGGUAUUUCAAAAAGGGUAGGAUAGAAAAUAUAGCUCUGUAAACAGUAUCUAGCAUACUAGCCAAACACGAAUCUGCUCUGCAUAUCAGCACGAAAUAUUUGCUCAGACAGAUAGUUAAACAAAUCAACUCGCAAUGGAUACCGAAGUCAAACCCAGAAAGCGAAACUACACAGAGGAAAAGUCCGCUUCAGAGCCUUCAGACGAUGAUGACUACGUGCCGUAUGUUCCUGUUAAAAUUAGAAAACAACAGGUGUUGCAGAAGAUGAUGCGUUUCCGAGGCAAGGGUUUGACAGAGGAGGACCAGAAGGACAGCGGAGGAGAACAGAAGGAUGAGGAUGAGGGUCUCGGGCCACGCUCCAACGUCAGCCUGCUCGACCAGCACCAGUACCUGAAGGAGAAAGCCGAGGCCCGGAAGGAGUCAGCAAAGGAAAAGCAGCUGAAGGAGGAGGAGAAGAUUCUGGAGAGUGUGGCUGAGGGCCGAGCUUUAAUGUCUGUCAAGGAGAUGGCAAAAGGUAUCACCUAUGAAGACUCUAUUAAGACCAGCUGGAAAGCUCCUCGUUACAUAUUGAACAUGCCCGUAGUGAGGCACGACCGGGUGAGGAAGCGGUACCACAUCCUGGUGGAGGGCGACGGUAUCCCUCCGCCCAUUAAGAGCUUCAGAGAGAUGAAGUUUCCUCAAGCAAUUCUUAAAGGUCUUAAGAAGAAAGGAAUUGUGCAUCCAACCCCCAUCCAGAUCCAGGGAAUCCCGACUAUUCUUUCUGGCAGAGAUAUGAUUGGCAUUGCGUUCACGGGCUCAGGGAAGACUCUGGUGUUCACUCUACCCAUCAUUAUGUUCUGUCUGGAGCAGGAAAAACGCCUGCCCUUCUGCAAGAGAGAAGGACCCUACGGACUCAUCAUCUGUCCUUCUAGGGAGCUGGCGAGGCAGACGCAUGGCGUCAUCGAGUACUAUUGCAAGCUCCUGGAGGACGAGAGUGCGCCUCAGCUGCGCACUGCCCUCUGCAUCGGGGGCAUGUCCGUCAAAGAGCAGAUGGAGGUGGUCAAGCGCGGUGUACACAUGAUGGUGGCCACACCGGGCCGUCUAAUGGACCUGCUCAACAAGAAGAUGGUGAGUCUGGAUAUCUGUCGAUACCUGGCACUGGACGAGGCUGACCGGAUGAUCGAUAUGGGCUUUGAGGAGGACAUCAGGACCAUCUUCUCUUAUUUUAAGGGUCAGAGACAGACGCUGCUCUUCAGCGCCACCAUGCCCAAGAAGAUCCAGAACUUCGCCAAAAGUGCUCUGGUCAAACCCGUCACCAUCAACGUGGGCCGAGCCGGGGCUGCCAGCUUGGAUGUCAUUCAGGAAGUGGAGUAUGUCAAAGAGGAAGCAAAAAUGGUGUACCUUCUAGAGUGCUUACAGAAGACACCACCUCCCGUGUUAAUAUUUGCUGAGAAGAAAGCAGACGUGGACGCCAUCCAUGAGUAUCUGCUCCUCAAAGGUGUGGAGGCAGUGGCGAUCCAUGGAGGCAAAGACCAAGAGGAAAGAACAAAAGCCAUCGAGGCCUUCAAGGAGGGAAAGAAAGAUGUUUUGGUGGCCACUGAUGUGGCGUCUAAGGGUUUGGAUUUCCCCGCCAUUCAGCAUGUAAUUAACUACGACAUGCCUGAAGAGAUUGAGAACUAUGUCCAUAGAAUUGGUAGAACGGGUCGAUCGGGCAAAACUGGAAUAGCCACAACGUUCAUCAACAAGGGAUGUGAGGAAUCAGUGCUGAUGGAUCUGAAGGCCUUGCUGGUUGAAGCCAAGCAGAAAGUUCCACCGGUUCUGCAGGUGCUCCAGACAGGGGACGAAGCCAUGCUGGAUCUUGAAGGAGAGAGAGGCUGUGCGUUCUGCGGCGGUUUGGGUCAUCGUAUCACCGAUUGUCCCAAGUUGGAGGCCAUGCAGACCAAGCAGGUUACCAACAUCAGCCGCAGGGACUGUCUGGCCAACAGCUCCAUGGACUUCUAAGGCUCUGGAUUUCCUCACUUUGUGGAGGGGGAGCGACGAGAUCUUUCUGCGCGUGGUACUGGAAUGACGUGAGGUGCUGGUCGGGAGAAAAAAAAACAUCUCGCAAAAGACCCAGGAAUUGCGAAUCAGCUGAACAUUUAUUCCUGUGCAGUUUUGUUUUGUCUUUUGAACCGUGAUUAUGACUGGGUUUGUAAAAAUGUCCAUAUUAAAUGUCUGUCUUGUCACACACUUUACAUUACUGUCCCAGUGCUUCUACUACAACUGCCUUCUUCCUGUGGGUUGCUUGAACAUUUUAAGUUGUUAUGAUUGACUCAAACUUUCUAAGAAACAUGACAAGCUCUAACCACAGAACACGAUACAUGCUUCAGUGUCCUUUAACAGACACUUCCUCAUGUGGCAUUGGGAUACGUGGAAUUACAAGUUGCUUUCUGGAAAGAAUUCUCAACAAAAUGGCAGAGUUGGUUUAAGUGAAUAAACUUAAAGACUUUUGUAACAGAAUCCAGUAUAUUUAAACUGAUCAUUACAUCAUAGCAAGUGAUUAAGCUAAUAGUAGCUACACAAGGAAACCAACAUAUUUUUCAGUGUGCUGUUGUUAACGGAAUGGGAUUGGGUAAGUGUAUUUUUCCUUUAUUAUUUUUUCAUCUGUAUUGUGGUUAGAAUACACCCUGAUGAAUCUGUAGCAGUUUUAUUUUAAAAACUGCUUUUAAUUAUUUUAUUUUUUUACUUUUAAUUUAUUAUUUUUCUGUAUUCAGUGAGGAAAGUAUUAAUAGUACAAAAAUGUAAUAUUUUUCACGUUGUAACAUACCGCCUACCACUAGUUUUCCUGCUUCAGCUACGAAAUGUCAUUUAAAGUGAAUCUGAAAGCAUGAAUUGAUCCUCUGUGUAGUUGUUAAUUUCACAAGAUAAAUGUAUUGUUAAACCAA